AUGAUCCGAAGCCUCGGCUUUGUAGCAGCCCUCAUUCUCCUGAAUUCUGCAUGGGCUUUCCCGGGUCCGAAUUUCUUGCCUCUUUCAGAAGACCAACAUGAAUUGCUCGUCACCAUCCUGAAUUGGCUCUUGGCACUCUGUCUUGUCUGUGAGGUCAACACCGAGCUUAGCCGCUGGGCAGAGGAUAAGUGGAUUUGGAAAGAUGACAAGAGCGUUUGGAAUUGGGGAAAUGAGGUGGCUGUCAUCACUGGUGGUUCUAAAGGAAUUGGCGCUAUGGUAGUAAAAACACUGGUGUCUUACGGUAUAAGAGUUGCCGUUCUGGAUGUCGAACCCCUGUCAGACGUCUUCCUAUCUGAGGAAUCCAACAGCAUCAAUUUCUACAAAUGUGACAUUACUUCUCGUGUUCAAGUCCACGAGGCCGGUGAAGCGAUACGCUCAGACUUUGGUUCCCCUUCCAUCUUGGUCAACAACGCUGGAAUAGGCAAUGCCAACACCAUUCUCGAGUCAUCGCCAGAGGGCCUCAGGACCAUCUUCGAAGUCAACCUCCUCAGCCACUGGAACACGGUUCAGGAGUUCCUGCCAGACAUGAUUGCCAAGAAGAAAGGCCACAUAAUGAGUGUUGCAAGUCUAGCUGCGUUUUUUGGCCUAGCAGGAAUGACUGACUACAGCUGCACCAAGGCCGGCCUCAUAGCAUUCCAUGAGGGGCUUACGCAGGAGUUGAAACACCGUUACAGCUGCCCCCAGAUCAAGACAACAAUUGUAUAUCCCAAUUGGACAAGAACUAGGUUGAUCAGGGCAAUUGAAAAGGGAAUCAGAGGGCCAGUUAUGGACCCAAAGGAUGUCGCCGAAGCCAUGGCCAAGCAAAUUAUCUCUGCAAAAGGUGGGCAGGUCAUACUCGGCCCUAACAUCGCUGCAUCCAUUCGCGCGCUUCCCACAUGGCUCCAAGAAUUCAUUCGUGAUAGGAUGGCACAUAUUGUCACUGUGAAGGCAACAACUGCUGUGGCGUAG